AUGCGGACGUCUCUCGCGGCAGUGGCCGUCGCAUCGCUCGUCUCUUGCGCGUCGGCCGACGUCGAGACGCACGAGUAUACCCUUAACGAACCCGUGAUCGUCUGGGUGAACAAGAUCGGCCCCUUUAACAACCCGCAGGAGACGUAUACCUACAAUACACUCCCCUUUUGUCGCCCCGCGGACGGCCAAGAGCUCGAGGCCCAUGCGCUGGGCAUUGGCGAAAUCCUCGAGGGCAAUGAGCUGUUCAACUCGGGCCAACAGCUCCAGUUUGGCGUCCCAACGGCCACGACGACACUCUGCGAGCAGACGCUCUCGGACGCAGACGCGCUCCAGUUUGCCGCUGCGGUGGACGACCAUUACUGGUACCAGUUGAGUGUGGACGAUCUGCCCGUGUGGGGCCUCGUGGGCAAAGUGAUGAAGCCAACGGACGACGCCGAGCUCUUGAAGCGCUUUCCCAUUGGCUCGCGCGUGCUGUAUACGCACAAGAAGUACUCGAUCUCGUACAACGGCCCGCACAUUAUCCACGUCAACUUGACGUACUCGGACGGGCUCACGUCUAUUGCGUCGAACAAACCAGUGGCGUUCACCUACGAAGCCGAGUGGGUCGAGACGGACAUUCCGUUUGACGGCCGCUUUGACCGCUACUUGGAAGACGAGUUUUUCGAGCACCAGAUCCACUGGUUCUCGAUCUUCAACUCGUUUAUGAUGGUCAUCUUCCUCUGCGGUCUCGUAGCGCUCAUUCUGCUGCGCACGCUCAAGAACGACUAUGCGCGCUUUGCUGCUGACGACGCAGAAGAGAUGAUGAUGGACGGCAAGUCGUCGCUGCUGCGGGACGACGCCAACUCGGGCUGGAAACUCCUGCACGGCGACGUGUUUCGGGCCCCGCCGUUUUUGCUGCUCUACACGGCGUUUGUGGGAACGGGCGCGCAGUUGCUGGUGCUCUCGGUGUGUUUGAUUUUGAUUGCUACUGCUUCGUCGCUCUACAUUGAGCCCGGUGGUGUCGUGUCAGUGGGGCUUACCGUCUAUGCCUUCUCGUCGUUGGCCAACGGGUUUGCAAGCGGCGCUUUCUACCACCAGUUUUUCUACCCGCGCGUGUCAAAGGACUGGAUCCGUGCCAUGUGUCUGUCGUCGGCGCUGCUCCCUACGGUCACGUUCGUGUCGGUGUUUUUCAUCAACGCGCUGGCCGUGUUCUAUGGCACGACGUAUGCCAUCCCGUUCGUGACGAUCGUGCAGGUGGUGUUGGUGUGGUUCUUUGUGUCGUGCCCGCUCGCUGUUUUGGGCACAAUCUUGGGGCGACAUGGUGCUGGCAAAGCAGGCUUCCCGUGCCGUGUGAACAAGUUCCCACGCGAAAUACCCGAAGCGCGUUGGUAUCUGUGCCCGCCGGUACUGAUCGCGCUCACGGGUGUGCUGCCGUUCGGGUCGAUCUUUAUCGAGAUGUACUUCAUCUUUGCAUCGUUUUGGAACUACAAGUUCUACUACGUGUAUGGAUUCAUGCUACUGGUGUUCAUCAUCCUGACGAUCGUGACGCUCUGCGUUACCAUCGUGUGUACAUAUUUCCUGCUGAACGCUGAAAACUACCGGUGGCAUUGGACAUCGUUUGCGGCCGCAGGCAGCACGGCAGUCUACGUCUUUAUCUACGCCAUCUAUUUCUAUUUCUUCAAGACGAACAUGUCGGGCUUUUUGCAGACUUGUUUCUACUUUGGCUACAUGGGACUAUUUUGCUUUGCGUUCUUCAUCAUGUGCGGCACUGUCGGGUACCUCGGCAGCAGUGUGUUUACGAAGCGCAUCUAUCGCAACAUCAAGUGUGAGUAA